AUGGAUGUCUCUUCGGAUUGGAAAACAGCUGACCAUCUCAAAAUUCUCAUCCUUGAUGUGAUCAAGGAGGUCGAGGGUAAAUGGAAAGCCACAAUUGUAGCAAUCACAUCAGAUGCUUUGGGGGAAUCCAGAGCAGCAAGGAAAAGGAUUGUUGCUGAAUUUCUGUGGUUUGUUGCCCCUGACUGUUUUGCCCAUCAAAUAAAUCUAGUCGUCGGUGAUUACUACAAGGUUCCAUCAACAUCACAGUUCCUACAGUACACAAAGAAGGCCACCGAUCUCAUUGCUUGGCUUCGGAGCAAGACAAUGGUUCUGGCCAUGCUCAGGGACGUCCAGAAGGCUCUCAAUCUUGCAAACCCAUCUCAGACACAAUGGGUUCUUGCAUUCAGGUGUCUACUUGAUUUGAGGACUAUGCUGGAGAUCCUUGUGAAGCAAGAAAGGGACUGUGGUACUGGUGAUGCAAAAAUAGUCACAGGUGAUGCUGCAUCCUGCCAAAAAGCAAAGCAGAUGUUAGAAUUGAUUGAAGAACCUUUGAUGUGGCAUAUUUUGGCCAAAAUGAUUACUCAUAUUGGGCCACUUGCCAUGGCCAUAAAUUUUGCUCAGGCUGCACAUUGCCAAUUAGAUGAAGUCCUGAUUAUCCUGGGAUAUCUGAUGUCCAGAUAUCUCAACUUAUCAACUGUGACAACUUCUACUGACGAUGAAAUCAGGAUUCGUGCAAUCAUCGACUCACUUGAAAAGUGCUGGAACAAAAGUGAUCAAACAGUUUUCAUUGCCACCGUCAUUCUCAACCCCUUCUAUAAGGCCAAGCCAUUUGCGCAGAUUCAACAAUUCACCACAGCUGGCAUCACCUCCUCGUUGCUCAAACUUUUGCAACAAUUUUAUUCCUCGCCACCCCCAGAAUCACUUCGUCAAGAAAUCCUUGACUAUCUGCAGGAUUGUGGCAAUUAUGAGGGGUUUUCCAAGUGGGCUGUAGGUGAACAGAAUGCUGCUGAAGCGCAGCGUGAAUGA